AUGCGUCCAACUGAUAAAAAGGAAUUAUUUAACUUGCAUCAUUCUUCUCUACGCAAUGUAAUUGAACGUGCAUUUGCUCUAUUAAAGUCAGGAUUCAAGAUAUUAAAAAAUCAGGCAGAAUAUCAUUUUAAGACGCAAGCAAUGAUUGUAGUAGCAUGUGUUCUUCUUCACAAUCAUAUUCUUGUUCAAAAUACUCUUGAAGAAGAAGAUGAGUUUUUAAAAAAUGAGAGCAGCGAUGAUGAAUCUUCUAGUAGUAGUGAUGAAACAGAUGAGGAAGAAGAUGAUAAGGAUGAUAUUGUUCCCAUUGAUGAUGAAGGGGUUGUUGUUGGUAAUGAUCAUUGGGAUGAAUAUCGAGAAGAGUUGGUGGACAACAUGUGGGCUGGUUGGAAUGUAGGAGAUGAUGAUGAUGAUUAUAUGACAGAUGUUGAUGAUUGA